GGUGGCUAAUCCUGGACGAGCGUAGGGAGCGUAGAUGAGCUCAAGAACCUAAAUCUGUGGCAUGUGUUGACUACACUCGGUGAUGGAUUUCAGUUUGUGGAAAUGAGCAGUCGUAAAUCAAAGAGUAGCAACUUAAUACAAGCAGACUACCUUUCACAGGUACAAAGAAUUUUACGUGAAAGAUUUUGUCAUCAGAGUCCACAUGAUAACCUAUUUGGAGUACAAGUACAAUAUAAACACUUAAUUGAGCUGCUAAAAAGAACUGCUAUCCAUGGAGAAAGUAACUCUGUUCUCAUUAUUGGACCCCGAGGUUCAGGAAAGACCAUGUUAAUAAACCAUGCUUUGAAAGAACUAAUGGAAGUAGAAGGAGUGAGUGAAAAUGUAUUACAAGUUCACUUAAAUGGACUGCUGCAGAUCAAUGAUAAAAUUGCCCUAAAGGAAAUCACAAGACAGUUAAAUCUGGAAAAUGUAGUUGGAGAUAAAGUUUUUGGUAGCUCUGCUGAAAACCUUUCAUUUCUUCUGGAAGCUUUAAAAAAAGGUGACCGGACUAGUAGUUGCCCAGUGAUCUUCAUAUUAGAUGAAUUUGAUCUUUUUGCUCAUCACAAAAACCAAACACUCCUCUAUAACCUUCUUGACAUUUCUCAGUCUGCACAGACUCCAGUAGCAAUUAUUGGUCUUACAUGCAGAUUGGAUAUUUUGGAACUCUUAGAAAAAAGAGUGAAGUCACGAUUUUCCCACCGGCAGAUACACUUAAUGAAUUCAUUUAGUUUUCCACAGUAUCUUAAAAUAUUUAAAGAACAAUUAUCUCUACCUUCGGUAUUUCCAGAGAAGAUUUUCGCCGAGCAAUGGAAUGAGAAUGUACAGGGUCUCUCAGAAGAUAGAAGUGUGAGAGAAGUGCUGCAGAAGCAUUUUAAUGCCAGCAAAAACCUACGUUCAUUACACAUGCUACUGAUGCUUGCUUUAAACCGUGUAACACCGUCACACCCAUUUAUAACUGCAGCAGAUCUGAUGGAGGCAAACCAGUUGUGCAGCAUGGACUCGAAAGGAAAUAUUGUGCAUGGUCUGUCAGUCUUGGAAAUCUGUCUUAUCAUAGCAAUGAAACAUUUAAAUGACAUCUAUGAAGAGGAGCCCUUUAAUUUUCAAAUGGUUUAUAAUGAAUUUCAGAAGUUUGUUCAAAGAAAGGCCCAUUCUGUUUAUAAUUUUGAGAAACCUGUUGUCAUGAAGGCAUUUGAACACUUACAACAAUUAGAAUUAAUAAGGCCCAUGGAAAGAACAUCAGUAAACGCACAGAGGGAGUAUCAGCUGAUGAAACUACUUUUGGAUAAUACACAAAUUAUGAAUGCUUUGCAGAAAUACCCCAACUGUCCUACAGAUGUUAGGCAGUGGGCGACAUCCUCCCUAAGCUGGUUAUGAUUAUAACCAUGGUUUCAGUUAUUGAGUUUCAGGCAGACUUCUCUAAAGAACUAAAAGCUGUUGUCCUUUAACAAGAUAUGUUAUUACCUUUUUUUAUAUUUAUAAAGAUGUACUUUUGUAUUUAUGGGAGACUGUUAAACAUGUAUCGUGGCUGUGCCUUGCCUUUGAAUCAUAUGAGCAGUUACAUGAUUGUAAGUUUUAAUUCCAGUGAUACAUUGUUAAGUAAUUGUUCAAAAAAAUAAAUAUGACUAUCUUAGGGAUUGAAACAUAUUCUUAUUUAACACUUGUAAAGUAUUUAUGUGGUACAUUUGAAGAGUUCAUUUCAACCCAGCAGCCAGAUAUUUUUACAAACUGUAAACAAAGCAGUAAAGAAACAGUGCUAAGAGUUGACAUGUAAUGAGUAAUCUUUUGGUCCAUUGGGAGGUGCUGCAUUUUCUGUAUUCAUGAAAACUUAAGAUUCUCUCCCAGACCAAGGUUCUUUAGUUCAGGGACCUGAUCAGUUCGGCUAGAAGAUGGUUCACAUGUAAGAAAAAACCCAAAAGUUCGAACAUUUUCUUCCAGGCUUCUUAAAAUAUGGUACUCAUACCAUCUACGGAAGAAUAUUUUGUAGGAUGUUUUUAAAUGCGAUUCUUGGGCAUGUUCUAGGAACUAGCAUUUGUCUAACAAGCACUUUAGCAAAUUCCUAUAAAGCCACUCCCACAAAUAAUGGAAAAUGUAUGACAGUGUUAACUAAAUGUUUGUAUCAAAA